AUGAGCAAAAAAUCUCCUAAUAGCUGCCAAGAGGGUCGAGUAGGGGUGCAAAGAGUCUGUUCUGUUGUUCACUAGAUCAAUAGCCAGACGAGAGUCUGAUUCAACCAAAAGAGUUCGACAGCCGUGAGUCCAAGCAAGUUGAAGUCCAUGGUAUAGUCCCCAUAAUUCAGUUGGUGCCGCAGAGCAAGCGCCCAGGCUAGAGCAGAACCCAAGGAUCCAACGCCCUUCACUGUCUCUCAGAUAACCUCCGGCGCCAGCCUUCCCGGGGUUACCUGAUGCAACUCCAUAUACAUUAAGCUUAAACCAUCCACAAGGCUGGGGAACCCAACUAAUCUCGGAGGGAACACGCUGCGAAGCGGCGUUGCUCGGGCCAAUCACUGGUUGGGGCGAGAUCCAAGCUUCAAACUAGAGCUUCGCCUGGGUAAGGGAGGGAGGGGAGAGGGUCUUGGCUACCCCAUUGAAGCAUCCCUCAUUUCGUUUUUUUCCAUAUCAGCCACAGAGCAAUUGCAAAAAAAGAAUUCCACGAAAACCCCUCAGUCGAGGUGUCAUCGUUGGCGAUGUUGUGACGCAACGAGAAGCUGAAGAAGGUAUGGAGUUCUUCAGGUUUCAUAGUUCUUGUCCAGAAGAUGUCGUCGAACAUUCUCUAAAAAUGUGGGAAAUUGUCUCCCUCUGAUUCGGCAUCUGUAGCAGACUGCCGUGUCGGUGAGGUGUCGAUGAUGUCGGAGAGCAUUAGACCUGAUUUUCCCCAACAUAACCAACCACAUGAAGCAUUAGAUGGGCUCAGAGACGGGUAGAUUCCAAAUCUUUUUCCACUUCAUUUAUCUAGGAGCCAUGGCUGUGUGCUUGAUCAUAUGAUAGGCGCUCUUGACUGAGAAGCGUUCGUUGGAUGUGGAGUUCCAGAAUAAGGUGUCGUCCUCUGUAGUUAGGGGAUCUACCACCAUAGCAGUGAUCUGCAGCUGCACUUUGGGAGGGAGAAGGGAGCAGAACUUGCUAGCUAUCCAUCAUCCUUCCUCGUCCACGUAAACAACUACUUUAGCCGUGAUAUCCUGUUCGGGGAUGUUUGUAACCACCAAUUCUUGAAGGGGUUCCUGCGAAACCCAUUUGUCCAACCAAAAAUAAGUUUUGUUCCUAUUAUGGAUGUUCUAGGCACAACCCUGUUUGUAACACCCUAACCUGGGUGGGUACUACUUUUACCAAAAUACCCUUUACAAACCAUGAAAUCAUUAAUAACUGAAAAUAGUUGGGAAAAUAGCAGAAACUUUUCAUAAAUAACUUUAACAAAUACUGAGGAUUAAUUGUAAUUUCUUAAAACAAAGCCCUAACACUUGGGCGAAUCUAAAUCUUAAAAUCUUAAUCUAAAUCUUCAGUCUACACUCAUAAUCAUAAAAUGACAUAACUAAAAAGUAUUUGAUGUUGUCACUUAUUGAAAGCCUUGACUAGGCAUCUUCCGUGAUGUUUGAACCGUCCUCCCCUAGCUGGCUUGCCUCGAAUUUUUCUCUCGAUGCCGAUGCUCUCUAACUAGCUGUUAUCGAGCUAGUUCUCGCUCACUCCUUUACUAAGGCCUGGUGAGUGAGAUGGGGCCAGUCUAUGCCCUUACGUUUUAAACUUACUAAUAAUUUUGAACUUUUCUUAAACGCUUACUUAAACUGGUGGAAGUUGUUUGUACUUAAGCUCUUAAAGAUCGUAACUCUUAAAGUUGUAUGGAGUUACUGUUACUCUCCAUUCUUAAAGCUCAAAUCUCAACUUAAAUAUUUGAUAGACUCAGGGAUCCCUCACUAGCUAUUCCGGUUUUCCAACUCAUACGUAUGAGAGCCCAUCCAGGCUUUCCUUAAACUCAAGCUUAGUUAAGGGAGUCGUAACGAUUCAUCCCCCUAACAUCUUAAACUUAUCGUAGUGGCUCCUCACCACGAUUCUCAAGAGCAUAACUGUUGUUCAUCUUAAAAGUCUCAAGAGCAUAACUACCACUCUAUCUGAAAAUCUCAAACAGGCAACGAACUGACGCUGGUGACUAAAAACUCUUAAAGCUAUUUCACCCAGGGUACCGUAGAACUUGCCCCAUAUAUAUAUAUAUGCUAAAUAAGAGCAAAGUGCCAUAGAUUCAAUUAAAAUCGAUCCUCCCUAGAUAAUCAGCAAUGGACUGAGACCAAAUUCCAAUGCCUUCAUACCUCUAUAAUUGUUAACCAACCACCCAUUUGGUCAAUCAUUGGUUGAGGUCUCUGAUUGAAGAGAAGCAAGGCGUAGCAUCGAGGAUUUCACACUCGCGGUGUGGUCGCCGUAGUCCACCAUCUAGUUCAUCACCGUAAUCAUCAAUUUUCUAGUUGCCUAUUGUCGCUCCUUCGUAUUCAUGUCUGCAACACAUGAUCUCUCACUCAAGAUACUGUGCAUAAUCAUUGGUUAUGCACUUAUGAGUAACUAAAUAUGAACUCUUUAUUCAGAAAAUUCAAAUUUAAGGAUGGAGAAUUAAAUGCAGUUUUAUUUUCCUUUGUUUUCUUAAUCGACUCAUAUCUUUUUUCAUUUUAACUCGGAUUUCAAUUUUAAUUUUUUUCACAGAUGAAACGAGUUCUUUGUGCUCUACAAAAUGAGAUAUAUUUUCAAUAUUUUUUGACAAAAAAAUAUAUUGCCUCUCGUUACCAACUGCAUAGAUAUCUUCUUCGUUUUGGAGUCGUUUUUUUAUAAUUUUUGGACAGAAGGAACGAGUUCAUCAUGAUCUAUUGGAUCUUCAAAUAUCUGGAUGAACAAAAUUCAGGACCAAAAAAUACCACACAAUACCAUACAAUACCACCCUGGUAUGGGGUGGUAUCUUGUGGGACACAAUGUUGACAGUAGUAAGUGACAGUUAAUAUACUUCUAUUAUCAUGUAUUCAACCAUCCUACAGUCUUGGUAUGUUCAUACCACCAUAGUACGCUUUUCAUAUCAUAUGAUAUGCUCUGAUUUAAAUACCAGUCAAUACCAUGUGGUAAAGACUAGUAAAAAAUGGCUCAAUUUUUUUGUUCCAAAAUAUAUCAAAGUGGAUAUCAUUUUUGAAGAGCACAAUUAAUAUGAUCUAACUGUGCAAAAAAAUCAAAUUUCGACUUAAAAUGAGUGAGAAAUCAUCCGUUAAAGAUUAGGGGGGGGGGGGAUUAAAAGCUUUUUAGGAGAGAGAAGGUGCGCUGAUAUGGCGGAUUCUUUUUGAGUUAUGCAUAGUUAUUGACCAUAGGUUAUUGACCGGAUUCGCUCCCCCUAUGUAUUAUGUGGCCCGUUAUGGUGUUUUGUUAGUAGUUUUGUUAGUAAUAUUGACUUUACAAUAUGAUAUUGACUGAGAAGAGAUAUAUGACGGUCAAACCCAAGUAGACCGGUUGAUUAUUGGUUAGGUAUGGGUGACGUAUUUAUUGGUAUAGAAGUUUGUAGAUGGAUUUGGGUAGGGUAUGUAUAUUUACUUUCAUAAUCUAAAUGUAUAUGAGUUGGGUAUGGAUACCCAUAUACUCAAUGGUGUUUUAACACAUACAAAAAUUAGACCUAUUCGUAGAACUUUAAAAGUUUAGGUACUAAAAUGUAAUUACAAAAAAUUUGGGUACUAAAAUAUAAUUUUCCAUCAAUAUUUUGAAGACUUAUAUGCCAAAAAAUAAUGAAAGUUAUAAAUCUAAUGAUCUAUUAAGUUUAGGUACAUAACUGUAAUUUACAUAGCUGAGGCUUAAUUCCUUUUGUGGUGAUGUAUUUAAGAUGAUAAUUAUUUACCUUUUAUAGAAAAAUGGAAACUAUUUAUUUGAUAUGUGUAUAUACUAUCUAGUCAAACAUUCCAUGUAUAAUUGUUGAAAAUUCUAGCCUGGGUGAAAAAGAAAAACUCUAGAAAGAAGCAAAAAGAAUACAAACUAAAACUCACUUAAAAUUUCAAGCCUUCAAAUCCCAUAGUAGAAAAUGAUGACUUUCUAAUAAGUAAUAACCAUGUAUAUCUAUUUUUGAUUGGACUCGACAUUGAGAUGAAAAAGUUAGCGGUUCAUGGUUCAAUUAGAAAUUCUCUAGACUGUUGGUGAGUCAUGUAUGGACCCAUUCAUACUUGUGAUUAGAAUACAUAAAAAUAAUAUACUAAUUAGGGUUAGACGAAGAAGGCAAAGAAAGAAAUAAAGAAAGGGUUAUUGAAGGCGAGAGAAAAAUGAAACGAAAAGGAAGUAGAUGAUAGAAAGGUUUUGACCAAUUCUUUAGUUGGUCGUCAAUACAACAAUCAACCCUUUUCAUCGUAGCAAUUUUAUUGACACUUGCUUAUGUAGAUAUCGUAUAUUUUGUUACAUGUAGUUAGUAGAUGUUUGUUUCGUACCCCAUAAAUGUACUAAAUGAGUUCAUAAAUUCACUCUUGCAAUAUUUUAGAGUUGUCUCUCUUUUAUUAUUUAUUUAAUAUUUCACGUAAUGAGCAAAUAUAAAAUGGUCGAAUCUUCUCAUUCAAUUGAGUGAUACAACAUCUUGUAUUGUACAAACUAAUUUAUACUUUUAUGGUAUGAUGGACUGGAUUUUCUGCGGUCGACAGAAAGAAGAGACCCGACUGCUCUCACCAACGACUCAUAAAAGAAGGUCACUUGUAGAUGUACAACUAGUAAAGAAGUUAGGUUGAAGCUCAAAGUACCUCCCUCGAACACGACUCCAUGCCAAAUCUGACAAUUUUCUCAGUGUUGAACUAGCUCUUUCUACACUUGCAGACAGUUGGAGCUGCAACAUGCAAAAACGAUUUGACCUAAGGAGAGUGACAUCUAUUGAUUAGGUAUUUCAAUUGGGGAUUUUGUUUAUAGUAUGAUAAAUUAAUUUUGUCUUAUAAAUAAAAAUGAAUUGUAGUGUAAUUGCAGAACAUUCUUAUAUUACAUGGAGGUCAUGAGUUCGAUACUUGAUAUGGACAUGUGGGGUUGUCUUUUUGUACCCCAAAAAUUACUCGUGUCCCUGACAAUGCCCAUACACCCUCCCUCGGCCUAUGAAAGAGAUGACUGAUAGUGUCGUAUUUGCACAUGUUUGCACCCUUGUUUCUUAACUGUUUUAGCUUGAAUUUGUGGUUCUUUGGCCUAUUUUACGCUAGGUUGUGUUAUUUUGUAAUAUUUCAGGUUCUAGCGAGUAAAGGGACGCAUAGGCGCAAGUUUCUGGUCAAUUGGAGGUCGUUUGGUCACUCAAAACCCUCUCAAAAGUGGAGCUGAGGAAGAAAUACGGGCAGCCUUCCCUAAAUUACGGUCGUAAUUCAUAAAUUACUGUCGGUAUUCCCCAAAUUAAGGCCGUAAUUCACAAAUUACUGCCACUAUUUUUUAUGCUGAGCCUGGUGAUGGCUUAGGUACAAAAUACCGCAGUAAUCCCAAAAAUACGGUCGUAUUCCUUUGUGUCUAGCCCAUAAUUGAUUGAAGUGUGUUUAUUGAGUCAAUUGAAUCCUGAUCAAAUUCUCUUGAUUUCUGAUGCAACCUGAGAUAGAUAGAAUCUGAUUAGGUUGUUAGAGCUUCUUCAAUUGACAGGAGUGUAUUGAUUAUACGAGAGUUAAUCAAUUCACUGCUUUGUAGUGGAAUUCAAUUACAGUAGUGGAAUUCUGUGUUAAUUGCCUUAGCUUUCUUUCCUGGUGAACACUAGUUGUUUGCCGGUUAGUCUGUCUAAGAGGGAUUGGUCAGCAUAAGAGAUUCCAAGCUACCGUCGGAUCUUCCGUAGUUUAAUCAACAGUAAAUCAACCAAAGGAAAUUACAACUUGAAAAUAACUAAGGAGCUAGGGGGAUUCAUUCCCGAGUGACACUUCUCUUGCUUCAAGAAACUGGACAAUUUACUGCUUUCUUUCUGUUUAGUUUGAAAUCACCUAUACUCACUUAGUAUAGCUAGAUAAUAGAAGUUCACGGAGUAGGUAGUACAUCUAAACUCUGGGUUGAUAAAUUAAACUUAUCACUAUUCUGCAUUUCCGGGCUGCGAUUAGACUUGGUCGCAGUUUGGUGUUGUGUCAUAGCGUGUCAAGUUUUUGGCGCCGUUGCCGGGGAAUUCUAGGUUAUUGGGAGAAACGUGAAAGUCUGUUACUUUAGCAUUUUUCUUCUCUAUCAACCACCAUCCGGGUGGUAUUACCCCGAGAUUUCCUUGAGCAAUCAAGGAGGAGAAGACUAUGGAUUCAGAUUUCAAUACCAACCCCCCUACUACGAAGAAUAACCAAACCCUUGGGAACCUCCAGAACAAUCUCCUUCUCAAGAAGAAUUCCUCCCACAACCAGAGGGGCCAUAUGAGUUGGAGUUAGCCAUGGUGGCCCUCACGGGCCAUUCUGUAGAGCCGCGUUAUGCUCCACGGCCAGAGCCGAAGAGUAAAUUGGAUCUUUUCAUGGAGCAAUGUGCUUGGGACACCGAAAGAUCAUGCUCCAAGCUGGAUCCUCAUACCCAGGAUGGUGCCCAAACUAAUUCCUACUUUCCCCGUGAAACAGAGGAUACCCUUCGGAGCAUAAAGAAGCACAUAGAGGUCAUUGAGAAAGUUUGUGCACAGUUUUUUUAAGACAACCUUUAUGUUGCCAUACAAGUAGAGGAGGAGGAAGAAGAAGGCAAUCAUGAGGAUGUUGAGGAGCAUACAGAAGUUGUCACGGAAAGCUCCCAUGAUAAUCAUGAUAAGUGUAUCUUUUAGUGGUAGAUCACAACUGUCCCCAUUUCAGCUCUAACAUGUUGGGCCCGAGCGAGGAGAUGCAAGAUGAUCUCAUUGAAGAAAUUACAUGGCGACUUGCUCUCCAAUCUGUGUCAGAAGAAGAAGAGCGAGAAAGGGUGAGGGAAGAAGUUGUGGAGGAUGAGGAAGAAAGCAACGAAGAGGAAGUUCUUGAUCUUUUUCAAUGGGAGAUACCAAAUUUUGAAGAAGGAAGGGAAGUUGAAGAAGAAAUUGGCGUCCAGGUUGAGGAUGAAGUUGAGGUGGAAGAAGCUUGCACCGGCCAUGAGUUAUAUGUGAUAUCUCCACCAAACUUCGAAGAGCUGCUUGAAAAAGACCCAUUUGCAGUGUCUCUUUGCCAGACCAAGGCCACAUCAACAUCGGUCCCUCUUGGUGGAUGCGAUGGUGAUUGAUCGAUGCUGUCCUAUCUGAUUUUGGGGCAAUGAGACGAGAGACAAAGAGAAUAAGAGGUCUCGAGAGCGGAGACUUCAUCUAACUCAAGUACACGAGCCUACCCCACUUGAUUCACCACAUGUUCGUGACUUGAGACUCCACCUCAUCGACGAGAACCUCAACUUCAAGGAGGUUCUGGGGUGGACCGAAACUUACAAGCCACCGUCCGGCUCAAGGCGGUACGUUUUCAUUUCUAUCCUUUGUGCUUUAUCUAUCACCCAAUUUGUUUUGAUGACUCCAGCUCUAUGCCCUUUGGACUAGUCACUUCCAGUCCCUUGCUCUUGGCUGGUCUGCCUUCCAGUCACCGUUGCCGAUCAUCAUUUCCUGGUAAUAUCGUUCCCCUUCCCUCUGCUCCCUUGAGGGCAAUGUCGAACUUAAGUGGGGGGAGGUGCUUUGUAUUUAUUGGAACAUAUGUUUUUGUGCUUGGAGCCUAGUCCGCUGUCCAAAUCUCGAGAUUUGAGGGCUCCAAGUACUGAAGUCUACAUGAUCAUAUUGGCACUGUGGUUUAUGUCGUGAAUUGAAUGGUUGUAAAGUUGAUGCAUGACAACUUGAUUGUGACUAGGACAACCUAUAAUGAUGACUGAGACGUGCGGUAGAGUUAUGCAGGGGUUCAGUUUUUCAAUUGUUUGCUUACCAACUGUGACUUGGAUUGAUCACUUAUUUUCUACAGUCGUUUAUGCAUCUAGUUCAGCGAAUCAGAAUGAGAGAUAGAGCAUAUAGGUAGCCAUGUGAGAUUUGAGCCUGCUCGUUUCUUUCUUGUGUGAUAGAUCCCUCUUCCAUGAUGUGUAGCAUUCACGUUGUCACUAAUUAGGAUGAUGGAGGCAUAGGAAUAGCCCACGGCCAAAUUGACUGUCCUGGUGUGUCAUACCCCCUAGUUAGCCCCUUUGAGUCGUGUAAUUUCCUUUCUUUCGGUCUACAAUGGAAAAUCACCCUUUUGCAUCUCGUAGAGGUUCCAUAGAGUGGUUUUUGCAUGUUCUCUAUUGUUUCUGCUAGAAAUAAUGUGAGAGUUGGGCAUGUGUUUGAAAAAUGUGCAGAGGUGGUGGUUCUCUCAAGAAAUGAAAAAAGAAAAAGAAAAGAAAAUGAAUGAAAGCAAAAGAGAACCACUACCAAAAAUCUGAAUCAUGCUCAUUAAGUAGUGUUUCUUAGCAGUCUGGCUUAGAAAUACUAACAUUAUUGUGACCUCCUUCACUCUUGUUCUCUAAAGAACUUGGUCAAUGCAGAAUGGCAGAAAGAAAGUAAAUGGUUCGAAUAAAGGUAGUUGUGUUGG